ACCUCACAAUUGACUUUUGAUGGGAGGUGUUUUACCUAUCUUGCAUUGAUCUAGUGGUGGGGUUCAAUACAGCAGGUAGGCAAUACUAACACAUCUUUUAUGAUAUCCUACUACCAGCUCCCGCUACAAAGGUAUUGAUGACUAUUAAUGGUAUUACCUUCCAUUGAAACUCCCCAAGCGAGCUGCUCCCCUGAGGUCUCGCCUGAGCGCCUCGCGGACUUGCAUCGAAGAUGCACAAAGUUGGAACGGGCCGUGAACGAACUGCGCGCCCGUUACGAACGCAACAACUCCCAGCACGGCCCGAAGUCCCGCCCCGAGGAUGUCUUGGCCCCGGAGGUGCUGGCGAUGCCCUUCAGCCACGUCCUGAGGAACUUCUCCAAGUUCGACGGCGUGGACCAGGCCCACCUCAGGUUCUUCUUCCGGGAGGCCGCGAUCGCCCUCGACGACGAGCCCGGGCGGAAUGCCGGCGAGGAGGAGCAGGACUUCGAUUCGUCCGACGGCUUGAUAGUUGAUAUUGAUGAUGAUGAAGAGGAGGAAUGUGCCUGUGCCGACGAGUCCCCAAAGGCGCCGCUGUGCAAGAGCAAGUGCGAGGCCAAGGCGGAUGCUCCCGCCGACUGCAAGACCUCGGCUGCCUGUUGUGCUUCGCAGAAGGCAGAGCAGAAAGCUGCUUAAUUUCAUACCAGGCACGCCCUUAACCUAGACAAUGUCCUAGGCAAUUCCAAGGAUCCCGAGAGUAAUCUUGGGCAUUCGUAAGCAUUUACUGUGGGAGUACAUUUUU